AUGGCGAAGCAAAGUGAUGGAUCGUCUAUUGUAUGGGCUUUUAAGACAAAUGUUACGUGCAAAAAUGGAUUGUCCUGGUCUGAUGAUAACAGAAUAGCCAUGUGCGCAGAUGAUGGGGUUUUUAUUGUGGAACUUACAACUAAUUUCCAUUUGAUGCGAGGGACUCUUAUUGCAAGAAGGACCAUGAUUCAUCCUCAUUCUGACAUUUUCUGCAGCACAGAAAUAUUCAGUAUUGACGAACUGGAAAAUCAAUUAUCAAGAGAGGACUUCAAUUCCAUCCUUCUUGACCGAACAAUCUGCCCCAAUGUACAAUAUUCUAUUCCACCCCAAGGAUACAAAUCGGCAAGCUGGUCUCCCAAAGGUGCAGAUGAUGUAGGCAGGUGUGUAAUUGCUUGUUUGGCUAUUGACCAUCGUCUGACUCUGUGUCGAGAAGAUAGAUACAGAAGCACCUGGAUCAAGAUUAUUGACUGUUCCAAAGUUUAUGAAGGCAUUUGGAAGAAAAACAACAGCAAUUAUUUGAAAACUGGACAAAUCACACUCGAAUAUUUGAGAACUAUUUCUCAUGCAGUGGCAGCAGUUGCCAUGGCAUGGUCUGCCACUUAUGAGGCAUUUCCUGCAAUCAUUCAUCCGGCUGAUCAUGGUCUUAUGAUGCAAAGCUCAACAGAGAAAAACAAAUUUUCCAUAUUUGCUUCAGCAAUGAAAAAUGGAGACGUUGUCUUCUGGAAAGUCUAUUUUCCUUUGGUUUCAAGUCAUGAUUGUAUCUAUUUGACAACAGCCUCUAUCCAUGAUAGCAUUCCAACAUCAAUGGCUUGGUGUCCAACACAAGAAGAUAUGAUAUUAGCUGUUGGUUAUAGUGAUGGCAUGAUCAAGGUUAUUAGAUUCAACUUGACUUGUGGUAUUGUGUCUGAUAGUGAAGAUGUUUGGUCUGAUCCUGACCUGAUAUCUGUGAAUGCACUUUGUUGGCAGUGUCUGGAUAUCCACCAGGAUCAAUGGCUGUUGUUUGCUUCAAAGGAUCUCUUCAUUAUGGCCUUUGUGAUAGACCGAGCAAAACUCACCUGUGUUCAUAUGGUUCAUGUACGAGGCCAGUUCAACCUUUCUUGCACAGGAAUGUCAUGUCAAUCAGGUACACUUGCAUUGUGUGCUUCAGAUGAGAAAGUUCAAUUAAUCAAGGCCUCCAUGAAAGAUGAUGGUUUGAAAAUGGACAGUAACUUAUUUCCUGUGACAAUUGAUUCACCUGUCUUCUCACUUCAAUAUAUUGGAGUAGCUUUGUCUCCAAAUGCUGCACUUCUUGCAGUUGUAGCUUGUCCUGCCUGUCCAUUUGACCAGAAACAAUUAAAGGAACCCCUGAUGUUGUGCAUCACCCGUGUUAGCAUGUGGCCUGAAUACCCAGAUAUUUUACAGCUCAGUGAACACCGUGUAAUUCGAGACAUUCAUGAUGUCCUUUUGCUCUACCUUUGGGGUUUGAUGAAUGACAAACCACUUAUUGCUCCUUCAGUGUUACAUUUACUGACAGACAUGGAUUCCUGGCCUGGAUUGUCACUUACUCAACUUCGUAUGAUCCGAUGUUUGCUUUCUUUGGAUAAAAAUACCCGAAAACUUGUUGUAAUGGGUGAACAUUCUUUUGAUAUGAUGCAUCCCCAACUCAGCUCCAGUGGACAAUCUACCCAGUCCAUUGGCUCUUCAACUACUUCAUGGUCAUCAAGCAAUAAGGAAUCCCUGAAACAUCUACACACAUUACUGCUAUUCAAAUACAUCCAACCAUAUGUGGUCAACAAACUCCUGCCUCGACUCCCAGAAUUAGACAACCUAGAAGUUCGAAUCAUUUCCUCAAUUCGUCAGUGGCUGAAUGCCAGACUCGUCCACUUUAAACGUUGGGAUUCCAUAUUGACCACUGUGGAGAAAAUGCUGUCCACCAUAGAGAAUUCCAUCACAACUUUCGAUGAAGACUGCCCUAUUUGUGGAGAACUUCUUGAAGAUACCGAAGUCAUGCUGGUAUCCUGUUCAAAUGACCAUAAAUUUGGCCGCUGUUGCAAAUCAUUCUUACCCUGUAAAGACAUCCCCUACCGUAGAUGUUCUCUGUGCAGCAAUGUCGCUAUGCCCUUGCAUAUGAUUCGAGAUGUUUCCGGAUUGUGUACAUCUGACCCACAUUCUUGCAGUUUCUGUGAAGAUUCUUUGUGUGGGACUCAGCAAAUGUUUGUCCUCUCAAUGUCUGAAUGUCAGGACCCAGACCCCAGCCAAUUUCUUUAA